GUUGAGUCUUCAGUGUUAUUCGUCAGACGGUAGGUCGAUGUCGAGCUCAACCCAGUCAGACGACAAAACCACCUCACUGAGAUCCACAACACUGAGUUCAUCACGAACAGAAUCAACCAUGUCAGAGAAAGUAGAUACGACUUCUUCAUUAACAGAGCCGGUUAAGUCGGAGAUAUCAGAUACGACAGUUCCUGUACACAAGACGAACAUACACACAGACCCGAAAGAUUUCCCAGUUGCGGCUGCUGUAGGUGGUUCCGUUGGUGCAGGUCUGAUAGUCGUCGUAGUGGUUGUUGUGAUUAUCAUUUAUAUAAGGAAGAAACGAACGAAAGGGAAACAAAACACCGGUGAUGAUGACGAUGCUGAUUACGUCAUUAGGGAUGUUAACCCUAACAAUGCUGAUACAAAUCAUAACAUUUCCGUAGCUAAUAAUUAUGUUAACAGUUAUAAUACUGAUGACAAUACUGGCAACACGUAUGCACAUCUACAACAUAAUGCUAUACAGUAUGUUAACACGCCGUCGAAUGUUGAAGGAGACCACGUGUACCUCCACGUCAAUGAACCAACACAGUCACAGAUCUCAGAUCAAGAUUAUUAUAACACUGCCAACCUGACUGGAUCACAUGAGUAGAUGUUAGACUUAAAUUAUGGUAAGGGCCGGAACGUAGCUCUCUCCUGAUGCGCGGUCGGUCUAGGAUCGAUCCCCGUUGUUGGACUCAUUGGGCUAUUUCUCAUUAUAACAAAGGCUGUGGUAUGUACUAUCCUGACUGGGAUUAUGCAUGUAAAAGAUCCUGUUCUGUUAAUCGAACAGAGUAACUCAUGACAUCGCGGCAGCGGGUUUCCUGUCGCCCGUA